AUGUCUACCAAAUCUGCAAAACCUAUGCAUCCUACACAAACCGCUAUCACCAACUUUUUGAAAGUUCCAAAAACUUUCAGGAAAGAUGAAGAAAGGGUCAAAAAUACCUUUGGUUUCACUCCGUUUGACAGUAAGCAAUCUCGGAAAGCCUCCGAACUCGCUGGAAAGUUUAUGGAAGUCGCAAAUUCCAAUCCUAAUGAUCCAAUUGACAAGGUUCUCGAGGCCGCCCAGAAACAGACCGAAACCGAUGAUCCCGAAUUAGUUCGUUGGUCUCUUAUGAUUUUCAUUGCUCAUCAUCCGGCUGCUCGUAGUGGACAAUUACGUAUUCCUUCAUUGGUUAAACGCGCUCCACAAUUGACCGUUCCCAAGAAACCUCAAAUUGCACUCGCGCCGGGUCCCAUCAUCUCUGAUCAACCGAUCCCGUCGCAAUCCGAAUUAUCGGGAGAUGGAGACGUGGAAUUGUUUUUGGAUUGGUUCAGAGAGGAUCCUAAUCUUAACGAGCACCACGAACAUUGGCAUAUCGUCUAUCCCGGUGGUGGGGUACCCGAUCCAAACAAUCCAAGGGUCCGAAUCACAAAGGAUCGACAUGGCGAAUUGUUUAUCAACAUGCAUCGACAGAUGUUAGCCAGGCAUGAUAUCGAACGUUUAGCGUUGGGUAUACCUCUUAUUAAGCCUUUGGAGAAUUACAAAGAACCGAUUCCACAAGGAUAUAAUCCCAAUGAUCAUUUAGUUGAUUCGAAUGAUAAUUCUCCUUAUGCAACUCGUCAAAGCAAUAAAAAGCUUGGAAAUCUGGGUAAAGGAAUGACGAUUGAAGAUUUGGAAUCGUAUCGAAAAUCUAUUGAACAAGCUAUUGAAAGUGGCAAGAUCAGUAAUAUGGAAAUCACUCCGACAUUGCUGGGUUCCACCAUCGAAUCUUCUCACCGAGAAAUGGAACAACAUUAUGGAUCUUUGCACAACACCGGACACGUGUUGCUUGCGUACAUUAAUGAUCCGGGGCGCGCGAACGACGCCGGAAAUGAUCCAGGUGUGAUGAGCAGUCCACGCGUCGCGGCACGUGACCCAGUAUUUUGGAGAUGGCACCGUCAUAUUGAUGAUUUGUUUAAUAAGUGGCAGGAGAAAUUAAAAUCUAAUGACUUUUCCGAUGCACCACCAGUAAAUAUUAAAAAUGGAGACAUCAUUCUUACAUUUAAAGAUAAACUUCCCAUAAGUCAUGAUGCGACUCAGGACAAGCAAGCAGCCGAUUUUGGGGAAAAAACAUUUGGAGGGAAUAAUUUUGGAGCAGAUGUAUCAAAAAGUGAAUAUGUUACGAAUGAAUUACAAACCAAAAUGAAACGUAGGAAUUGGACAUGGGUUGAAGAUUCAGGAAAGACCGAUCAGAUUGAGUAUUUGUUCCCGCGAGAGUAUUAUUAUUUUUUCCGUGUUGAGAACACUUCUUCGUCCCAAUUGGAUGCGACAUUCCGCGUAUUCUUGGUGCCAGAAGAAUUAGCUCAGUCGAGACGUCAUUGGAUUGAAUUGGAUAAGUUUAAACAAACUUUGGCUCCCAAAUCUCACACCGUGGUCUGUCGUGAUUGUGAUAUGUCAUCGAUCGUACGUCAACCUCCGCAAAAGACUGAAGAUGAACUAGAUGAUACAACAACUCCGCCUGGUACGGUGGAAUCUUUAAAUGAGAAAUAUUGUGAUUGUGGUUGGCCCUUCCAUCUUCUGCUGCCCAGAGGAAGGAAAGAUGGAAUGAAAUUUAAAUUAUUGGUGUUCAUAUCAGACUGGUCUAAAGAUAAAGUACCAACAAUGAGUAGGUGUGGAAGCAUUAGUUACUGCGGCGCUGAAAGACCCGGUGAUAAAUAUCCUGAUAUCCGACCCAUGGGUUAUCCGUUCGAUAGACCGUUCAAAAAUAAUUCUUAUGAAGAGACGUUUGCAAAUUUACAUAACGCGUCCAUUAAAGAUAUUACUAUUCGUUGGGUUGACGAUUUCCCUGAAAUCGUCACCAAGGCAUAA